GUGGAAGGUGGCACGCGCUUUGGCAACGGUCAUUUUGUAGUUUCUAUACCGUGGAAAAAGAAUCCAAAUAUGAAAGUGGAUAUUUAUGAAGUAGCGAACCGUAGAUUACAAAGUUUGAAGGGUAUAUUGUCGAAGGAUGUCAGUCUGCACAUCAGGUAUAUCAACAGUAUUGAGAGUAAAUUUACUAAGACUUAUGCGGAGAGGGUCCUUGAAAUAUAUUUGCAGCCUAAUUAUCGCCCUCGAGGGUAUUCACCUCAUCAUGCAGUGUUAAACAUGAAGAAACCAGAAGAACUUAGAGUGGUCCUUGAUUGUGCCGCCGAGUUUGCAGGGGUUUCCAUGAAUGAUAUGAUUUAUCAAGAACCCGAUACCACUGCUGGGUUAAUGUGCAUAUUAUUAAGUUUUCGCGAGGAGACAGUUGCGAUCCCUGCAGAUGUUGAGGAAAUGUUCAUGGAAGUGAAGUUCCCUGAGUCUGGUCGAGGAGCUUCAAGAUUUCUGUGGUGGCAGGAGGGGGACAUGUCGAGUGAACCAUCUGAGUUUCAAAUGACAACUCAUGCAUUUGGUGCCACAUCAUCGCCGUUUCGUGCGAACUUUGCCUUCAAUAAGACCGCACAAAUAUUCUCUGACGAUAGUGAGUUUAGAAAAACUGUGGUUAACUUGAGUAGUAUAAAGUACAACAUGACACCCAUUCUCUCUUAUUAUUCCGAGUGGUUGAAAUUAGUCAGAGCUGUAACUUGGUUUAGAAGGUUCAUCGAAUUCCUGGUGGUACUUCGUUUACCGAGUUGUGAAGGAUCCAUUCAUCUCGGAUGUUUAAAUGUCAAAGAGCUUGGUAUUGCCAAGCGUAAGAUUUUAUUGAUGGUUCAGAGAGAAGUGUAUGGAGAAUUACUUAGUGAAUUUAAAAACAGCAGUAAAGUAAUAUGUCAUGGUGGUCUGAAAGAUUUAGCAUUGAUAAUGUGUGAUGGGUUACUCUGCGUUGGAGGUCGACUAAGAUACUCAGAUUCCCCAAAUGCUUUUAAACAUCCAGUAAUUUUACCCAGUCGACACUUAGUGACGGAAAUGAUUAUUAGACAUUGUCCUAAAGAACAAGGACACAUAGGAAGAUCAUUAGAAAAAGGGUAUGGAUAUGUGUUUUCUUGUUUGCAAACAUGGGCAGUACAUAUUGAAAUGAUGUGUAGUUUGAUUACUGAUUCAUUUAUAAUGGCCUUAUUACGUUGUAUUGGAAGAAGAAGGAAACCUCCAGAGAUUUACAGUGACAGUGCGUCAAGCUUCGUGUGGGCAGUUUCUGAGUUAAGGAAGUUUGUGCAACAGUCGAAUCAGCAGAAGAUAAAUAGUGAAUUGUCAGCGAGGCCCUCAUCCAACAGCAUGGGUGGAGUUUGGGGAAGAGUGACUAAGUCUGUACCACGAGUGUUAUUGUUGAACACCAGAGAGCAAGUGAAACAGGUCUCCUUGAAGCUUCGGAUUAGUCUUUGUUGUUAUUAAUGUAGGUAGGUCGAGUAGGCGUACUGUUGUAAGUCCUACUCGUUCCUAUAGUGUCAUAUGCUACAUAAUGAACCAUGACCAUAGGCAUCAAGGUAGCUUGUGUGAUAUGGAGGGAUUUUGGGGGCCGGUGUAAGAUCCAUUUUGAAUGCUUUGUGUGUUUGUGAAAAUCCCUCCAUGUAUUUACUUGCACUUUGUUCCUAUUGAUCCUCUUAGUUGUACAUUGUUAACUUUUUGGCUACAUUUGAAUUGUUAAUAUUUGUAUUUUAUUAUAGUUUUCG